CUGGGGAGAAACGUGGUGCAGGACACCGGCUGAGCCAGACCUGAUAACAGGGAGGACUCCGGCGGAGACGCUCGUGUCUGUUUGACGUGCUGUGAAGAAAAGAAUUGUAGAAAGCAGCCAUGGACCAGGCGAGGUCGACCAUAUCCAAAAUCUUCAACGGGGAGCCGCACUCCUACACCCGCUUCAACCUGACCCAGAACAUGGAGGGCGACAGCAGCCAGGUGGAGAUGAAGCUGUCCUCCGACAUGGACGAGGAGGCCGGGGGCAACGGCGUGGGCGAGCACCUCAACCACAACUCCAACAACAAGCGCGCCGCCCCGCAGGCGCUCGGGAGAACGCCCAAGAACCUGUGCUUCAUGGCGGCGGCUACACUCCUCAUCUUCAUCAUCGGGUACCUGAUUGGUUACUUGGUCCAUCGGAAUAAGGAUGUGGCUCCGGCCUGCUCCGCCGCCGCCGCGCCCUCUGACAGCGGUGUAGUGGUUGUGAAGGAGACCGGCGCCGCCCCCCUCAUGGACUGGGACGACGUCAAGAAACUUUUUGCUGAGAAGUUCUCCGCAGCCACGCUGGCUCCGGUUCUCCGCGCUCUGGCCUCUGAAAGCCACCGGGCCGGCUCUCCCGGGGACGAGGCUCUGGGGAACAAGGUGCUCGGGAAGUUUAAGGAGUAUGGCAUGGACUUCUGGACGGACGAGCACUUCGUGAAGGUGCAGGACGCCCCGGCGUCCGGCUACAACAGGUUCACCUUCAAGAGCGACGCGGAGCAGCGGCCCGUCGGGUUCCUGUCCUACAGCGCCACCGGAACCGUGAAGGGCGCCGUGCUGUACGGGCAAUACGGGCAGGAAUCCGACUUCAGCUCGCUGCGGGACAAAAACAUCGACAUGAACGGCAGAGUCCUGCUGGUCCGAGCCGGAAGGAUCAGCUUGGCCGAGAAGGUUGCUAACGCUGCCAGAGUGAACGCCUCCGCCGUGCUGAUCUACCCGGACCUGGAGGACUUCUCCUUCGAUGAGAACACCGCGAUCUUUGGACAUGUCCACAUGGGUUCAGGAGACCCGUACACCCCCGGCUUCCCCUCCUUCAACCACACCCAGUUCCCCCCCGUCCAGUCUUCAGGCCUGCCCAAGAUCCUGGCCCAGACCAUCACCAAGCGCAUGGCGUUGGAUAUCCUGAGGAAGCUCGGGGGGCCGAUCUUGCCCGACGGCUGGAGGGGCUACCACAGACUGGGGGACGAGAACGACACCAUCACCGUGGAGGUCCGCAAUGUGCUCGCCGAGAAGAAGAUCACCAAUGUGUUCGGGGUCAUCAAAGGCUUCGUGGACGCAGAUCGAUACGUGGUCAUCGGGGCCCAGAGGGACGCCUGGGGCCCAGGUUUCGCCGCGUCGACCGUCGGCACCAGCGUGCUGGUGGAGCUGGCCCGGGCCAUCUCGGACAUGGUGAAGAACGAGGGAUUCAAGCCCAGGAGGAGCAUCGUGUUUGCCAGCUUCAGCGCUGGUGAAUAUGGCAGCGUUGGCGCCACCGAGUGGCUGGAGGGAUAUCUGUCGUCUCUGAGCAUGAAGGCCUGUGCCUACAUCAACCUGGACGGCGUUGUGACAGGGCAGAGUGGGUUUAAAGUGGCGGCCAGCCCUCUGCUGCACAGCCUGGUCGGCAGCACGCUCAACGAGGUGAAGUCAAACCAGGGAAAGUCUCUCUUGGCUCAGUUCGCCAGCGGAAACUGGGAGGCCAACGUGUUGGAGAAGCUGACGGAGGACAGCGCAGCGUAUCCCUUCCUGGCGUUUUCUGGCAUUCCCUCCGUCUCAUUCAGAUUCAUCAGCGACUCUCCAGGCUACUCCUACUUGAACACCAUGCUGGACACCUUGGACAAGCUGAAUGCCGCCACGGCCGGCCGGGUGCCCCAGCUGGCCGAGACCGCCGGCCGGUUCGCGGGCCACAUGGCGCUGAGGCUGGUCCACGACCACCUGCUGAGGCUGGACCUCCUGAAGUACGACCGCAUCAUUCGCUCGCAGGUGGCCCAGAUCAACCGGAAGCUGAGCAUACUGCAGAGGAACCAGCCCCAGGUGCUGCCCUCGACUCUGACGGCGCAGUGGCUGAUCUCCGCCUCGGGCUCCUUCAGCCGAGCCGCUCGCUCGCUGACGGCGGACGUCCAGAACAGCGACCUGGAGGACGUGGAGAUGUGUCGCCUCAUCAACGACCGCAUGAUGACGGUGGAGCGAAGCUUCCUGUCGCCCUACGUUUCACCCAGAGACAGUCCUUUCCGCCACAUCCUGCUGGGGUCGGGGCCCCACACCCUCAAGGCCCUGUCCGCCCACCUGGACUCGCUCAGGACCGACCUCCCCGACCCGGACGUCGACCUGUUCCGGAACCGCUUCGCUCUGGCCACUUGGACCGUUCAGGGCUGCGCCAACUCUCUUGCCGGGGACAUCUGGUCCCUGGACAACGAAAUCUGAAGUCGCUCCGCCCUCUUCCCCUCCCUUGUUCAUGGUUUGGCCCGUUAUUCAACCGGCAGCAUCUCGAUUCAGGAAGUAACGCUGCCUUCUCCUCAAUGAACGCAAAUAUCAGCCAUCACUUCAGCAGCCAUCACUCUGAUGGCCUCAUUUCACCGUCUGCACAAACCGCGACGAUCUCAGUUUUUAAGCCUUAAAGAGAGAUUCUACCGCUCUGCAAAGAAACAGCCUUUAACAAUAGGGACGAUAUUGGUGCUAAAAACAAAUACCUUCGCAGAGCAAAAUGCCCUUCGUGGCAGUUCUACUUAAAUUGACUUGAAUGUAGUGAAGCGAGUGUUUUCCAGGUCUUCACCGCCUCGGUCGGCCGCCGGUAGCUCUAGUUUUAUACCCUGCUGGACUCUGCAGACUGCAGGAGGAUUUACAGCAAUGGUGUUUUGUGCUGCUCCAGACAAUCGUCCAGGUCACUGACGAUUCAGUUUAUGCAGAAAAUGAAACAAUUUUACUGACGACCCGACGGAUUCUCUCGCUCAUUUAUGACGGCCUUUCUAAAAACAAAACAAAAAAAAAAAACAAGGGAGAGGGUCUCCAACCACGUGGCACUGAAACAACCGUAUGUCUAUUUAUUUUGUUAUUUAUUUAUCAGUGGCAGGGUUCACUAUAAAUAGUUUUUUAUCGCCUUUUAUAAGAAAUAUAAUUAUCGGGAGCAGUGCCUUCCAUAAUUAUGACAGUUAUACUGUCGAAAUGACAAAAGCAGCAUCUGCUACAGGAAGUGUGCACGUCGGGACCGACGGCCGGCGCCGGACGGCAAAUCGCUGACGCUGCACUGGACCGAUCACACACACACACACGCCUCUGGAUGUCGCCCGCUCUGGCGCCAGCGCUUCGGUCCGUGCACACUUCUCAUGGAACACCGUUAUCGGGAGCAGUGUCUUCCAUAAUGCGGGGAAAAAAGAAGGUAGUUUUUGUCUACCGGCGCGUGUCCAUAUCGGAGGCAGUGUCCUCCAUAUUUCACUGUAGGGUGGAUGUUUUAUUAUCGGGGACAGUGUUUCCCAUAAUGUGUAAAUAACCAGGGCUUCGCUGCGUCUCCGUUCUCACGCUCCUCUGCAGCGCCGGCCGGGUCUCCAGACGGCGGUCUGGUCUCACAUUAAUCGCGCGUGUAGUUCCUAGGGUCACUCUCCGGGGGCGGCUGGGAAUUUGGCCGUUAUUUCUGCACGUGAUCGACUCUCUGCUCAAGUUCCUGUUCUAUCGUUUUAAAUAAUUCCCUCUGUGUGAAAGUACAUCCUUCUAUUUUAAUAUGUUCAUUCUGAGAUUUUUUUUUCCUUGUGCCUUUUUGUUUCGUGAGCUUCACGGGUUUUGGAACGAUCAGUAUUUGUUCGUUUGAGUUUCUGACUGAGUGUCUUGUUUUGUCCUGUCCUCUGCUUGAAUGAAGUUACUGGUGAGAGCCUGUCUGACUGCAACAGCCACAGAAUUAAAGUGAAGAAAGCAAAAACCAGUGUUAGCCAUUUCAGAAUCACACCCAUUUGGUCUUCUACAGUUGAUUUGGACGUCCCUGAUGUUCACUGCGACUGUUUCCACUUCAGAUAUCGAUGAGGAUUAUUUAUUUCAGUUCAGUAUUAACGUCACUCCAGAUGAGAGCGGGAUUGAUCUGCUGAGCUCUAAAUAUCAACGCACUGGUGAAACAAAUUGACAGUGAAGAAUCGUUUAAUGUAUUGAGAACAUUUUGAAUUUCUUGGAAAGUAUGACGUUUUUCUUCUCAAACUGUAUUGGCUUAGCUUUGUUUUGUUGCUGCAAUAAACAAUCACAUCUCU